ACCUCGCACCGGCGGGGCCGACACUACUCCGUACCUUUCAAAGCUGCAGUUGCUUUAAGUAGUGUGCUUACUGAUCAGGACCCAACCCAACCUUCAGGAUUCAGCUCCGGGAUGGUUCAAGAUUCAGGGAUAAUACCGGUCCCAGGGUUUGGAUUUUACCCCGCGAGGUUUUGGGAACCUUUCCAGGGUCUGGCGGAGAGUCAGGGUGGUAAUAUAUCGGAUAGUGUUAUCUGUGAAAUGUUGGCUGAGAUGUGGGUGACUGGUUCAGAUCCUGGCUCCGGGUACCCUGAAAUGACUGGAGUAAAGUCCGAAAAUAUAUCUAUAUCCUGUCCUCCAUUCUGGGAUACUGUGACCUGUAUACCCGGAGUAAGUGCAGGACGAACUGCAGUACUACCCUGUAUGACGGAGUAUGAAGGACGAAUGUUCAACACUUCACAUAAUAUAACUCGUGAAUGUUUGUCUACUGGUGAGUGGGCAACUCAGACCAACUACUCAGCUUGUCUUGAUAAUCCUUGGCCUACAGAGGAUCCUUGUCUACAGGAGCCUAAACUGUGCCAGGAGGAUCAUGAGCUGUAUAUCUACCUACUCGGAUACACUGUAUCCAUGAUUGCUCUCAUCCUUGCUAUAUUCAUCUUUCUAUACUUCAAGGAAAUGAGAUGUUUAAGACACAAAAUCCACACAAACUUGUUCAUUAGUCUUCUUGUAUCUAACCUUUGCUGGGUACUCAUAGCAGUCAUUCAGCAUGUGAGUUUAUCCAGUCAGUCAGAUACACUUUCAUCUAUCUACUGUAGUUCACAUAUACCUCAACGAUACUUUCACAUCUCAAACUUCUUCUGGAUGUUUGUAGAAGGUUUGUAUCUGUUCCUGCAGGUUCAGGCAAGCUUCAGUCUUGGUUCUAUCAAACUUAGACACUGUCUUCUACUAGGCUGGGGAUGAUAUGACGGAUGAAUCUGGGAAGGAGAUUGAUGUUUUGAAUAAUUCCCUGAUGGUAAACUGUCCCUACACUACAGCAGACUGGAAGCUGGAGCUCCUAGCUUACAAUAUUCCAGUCUUUCUUCUCCUGGCCUGUAAUACUGUCUUUCUCAUCUGGAUAAUGGCGGUUGUGAUCUCCAAGCUGAGAAUAAACCAAGGAGCAGUCAGCGAUCAUUUUCAUUUCCGAGCAGCAAAAGCCCUGAUCGUGAUCGUUCCUCUGUUGGGGAUCACAUACCUGAUCAUGAUCGUUGGGCCACGGGAACCAGAUUCCAUAUUUUCUCUACUCUUUAUCUAUACCCGGAGUAUUCUACUCUCUUUCCAGGGAUUCUUCAUCAGUUUACCCUACUGCUUCUUAAACAGUGAGGUUCAAGGAACUGUGAAGAUGCACUGGGAUCGGUGGCAGACAACUAGAGACGUUGGAACAGUUUCUCAAUCUGCCAGGAACUCAGUUGUAACUGCAGGAUUUAUCACAGUCUGUGAUAAUAUAUCCAGGAGCAGAGCCUACACCUACCAGACAGUUCGUAACUCUAUCAUAGAUCGGCGAGGAACAGACGAGAGUCAGAGAGCGAAGGGUGGACUUCUUAUGAGUAGUGUUGGACCACUUGACGGACCUAUUGUGGACCAAAACCUUAAUUCUUCAGCCCAAUUAAACUCUACACCUCUGAUAUGUCGUCACCAGACCACAAUUGUUGAAAGACAUAAUAACUCUUCCCCACGAGCUAACCGACGCCAGAACUCUUCGCCUAUAGUUGGUAGGCAUCAGAGGCAACAGAACUCUUCCCCUCUAGUUGGCCGGGUAGACUGGCAUUACAAUAAUUCAUCUUUAACAAGUGACCUAAUACAGAACUCUUCAAGUAAUCCUCAUAUUACCAAUUCGUCAUCAAUGGUGGGACGACAUUUAAACCAAUCCUCGACGGUUAUAAAUGGUAACGGUAACCAAAUAGAAGAGGAGACAAGAUUCUCAAAUUGAGCUGUAUUCAUAGUUUCACUUCUCUUCAUUGGGGGUAGGAUGGAGGGAGAGGGUUGAAGGAUAGAUGAAGAAGAGUGUUGAAGGAUAGAUGAAGAGGGUUGCAGGAUAGAUGAAGAGGGUUGAAGGAUAGAUGGAGAGGAUUGAAGGAUAGAUGGAGAGGGUUGAAGGAUAGAUGUGGAGGGUUUAAGGAUAGAUGAAAAGGAUUGAAGGAUAGAUGAAGAGUGUUGAAGGAUAGAUGAAGAGGGUUGAAGGAUAGAUGAAGAGGGUUGAAGGAUAGAUGAAGAGUGUUGAAGGAUAGAUGAAGAGGGUUGAAGGAUAGAUGAAGAGGGUUGAAGGAGAGGUGAAGAGGGUUGAAGGAGAGGUGGAGAGGGUUGAAGGAUAGAUGAAGAGGAUUGAAGGAUAGAUGAAGAGGAUUGAAGGAUAGAUGAA